GCUACCUGAGACCUCACAAUUAUCAGGAGGACUGUGGAUUACACCGUCUGUCUUCAGCCUCACAGCAGCGCAGUUAAAGCCAGUAAUCAUAAAGGCCCUGGCGCGUACAAAACCCCAGUUUGUUAAUACGAAUAGGUUCCUGUUUUUAUGGCAGCGGGAGUAGAACUGGCCAUGAAUCCGCCGCAUUUGACAGAGGAAAGGGCGGUUUUCACGCAGCUGAAGCCCGUGAGGAUGUCGGGAGCGGACGGCGCUGAGGACACGUCCGUGUUUGAGGACGUCAAACCGCCGAUUCAGCUAGAACUGGAUAAGUACCUUCCCCAGAUCAACAGCCCCCUGCUGACCACCUCUACAGACAUGGAAAAGAAGUACAGACGAGAGAGCGCGUCCGUGGUCGAUGAGUACUUCUCAGAGGACAAAACUCCCACCCCUUACAGCCUCAACAUCAACCUCAUCCUCCCCAGCACCACCCACCUCCGCACAGGCCUCUACAGGCCCAGUAACCCCAAAACGCUGACGCCGCAGCAGAUCAAGACAGAACCGGGCCUGGAGGUUCCCUGCUCCCUCCCUGCCACCACCCAGGCGCUGCCAGACUUCACCUCGGUCUUCAGCGUGCCGCCGGUGGUCAACAACGUUUUCAUCAAGCCUGAUAUGAGCUCCACCGGUGGGGUGACGGUGUCCACUGCAGCUCAGCAGCAGCAGCAGCCGCAUUUAGACACAGAGCUGCAGAUCGGGCCGCCGCCGCCGCAGCCGCAGGUCUACCACAUGCCCAUCGCCGGCUCAGACCUCAGCCUGCCACACAGCGGCGCGGCGGCGCAGGGCUCCGGCGGCGGCAGAACCAUGCUGAACCUCGGCGCCGCCACUUUGCCAACAAACAACGGCGGCUACAUGAUGCACGCCGAGCACCAGCUGCAGCAGCAGCAGCAUCACGGCUACUACCAGGCAUCAACCCAGCCCACGGCGCCCCACAGCCUGCCGCCCUCACCACCGAACUCACAGCCAGGCAGUCCGGACGGCCAGCCAGAGCUGCUCACCCUGGGGACGCAGCCGCCACCUCCGUACCAGCAGCGCCUGGGGGGCCUGAAGGUGACGGGACUCUCUGCCCACGCACUUCUAAUGACGCACGGCCAGGGCGUUCUGACGGGGCCCAAAUACAACCGACGGAACAAUCCAGAACUGGAGAAGAGGCGAAUCCACUUCUGUGACUAUCAAGGUUGUACCAAAGUUUACACAAAGAGUUCCCAUCUGAAGGCUCACCAAAGGACACACACAGGCGAGAAACCGUACCGCUGCACGUGGGAGAACUGCGACUGGCGCUUUGCCCGAUCGGACGAGCUCACCCGGCACUACCGGAAGCACACCGGCGCCAAACCCUUCAAGUGCGUAGCCUGCAGCCGCUGCUUCUCCCGCUCGGACCACCUGGCUCUGCACAUGAAACGCCACCAGAACUAGAACCUAGCUGCCUGUGGAUCCAAACCAAAACAGUCAAAUAAAGAGAGCAGUAUCCACAUAUCGCAGCCACUUGUCUGGACUCUGGUGCCUCUUGACUCAAACACUCCAAAGAAAACCUAGGGGUGCGCUAAAGGACCUGAUUUUAACAUACAGGUUAAUCAUUUUGUAGAUUGAUCUUUCCUGACGAUCGCUUCCAGGUUUCAAGAAUGGACUCCAAAACUCCUGAUUGUCUUGGGAAUCUUAUUUUUCUUUCCCCUACAAAAUGACUGUUUUCAUCUUCCAGCUCUCUGAGGUAUGAACUUUCAACGAGACAUGUCCUGCCUGUGUACAUACAUGUGCAUAUGUCUGUGUGCGUGCGUGUGUCUGUGUUUUUGAGAAUACAGCGAAUGUAUUGAGCAUUAUACUUGAUGACUUUUCUUUUUCACUGAACGCGAUCCUGAGUAAUAUUCUGUGUUUUGUGACUUCCUUGUGAUAAAAAUAAAAACCUCCAGCUGAGGGCCUGAAUGGGGAAAAGAGGCAAAAAAAGAGAAAGAAAGAACCAGCAGAUGAGAUGACGCAGCCCUCCAUGGAGGGGUUAAUCAUAAGCUCGUUAGGCCUGUUGCAGCUCAGGUAAUUCCUGUCGAACCCACUGUUUGUAUCCUUCAUCCCUGUUGUCACGGCGACUGGAAUAUCACCAGAUUUUCUUUUGCAAUGUUUUUUUUUUCUUUUUGCGCUGCAGUCUAUUUAUUUUUGUGUGUUUUGCUUCAAUUCUCCUCAUAUUUGUUUAACGCUUUAGCUCUGAAAAGGCAGACGCGGGUGGGCAGAGCUUUUAUGCAAUCAGGUUUGUCCUCCUGGUUGUUUUAAUGCAUCACGUGGCAGAAAAAUGACUCUCAGGCAGGUUAGCAUUCACUGCGUUGUGUAAGUGACUGACUGAUGAGGCCUGUGCAGCGUCAGGGCCACACUUCCUACGUGGCAGAUUUGACUUUAGACUUCCGAUGCUGUCUGGAGAAAUAUGGGAAAACCUGAUUCCCCUAAGAGAAAAGUACUCAAAAGAAAAAAAAAGUAUACUAUUUAUUUCAAAUUCAGUUGAAAAGUACUUAAUUUAUCCCAAAUGAAAAUUUGAUGUUGCAGCUUAUGUCUUCAAGUAUCAAAGACUUGUUUUGGGUUGUGAAGGAUCUCCAGUAGCAGUCAGUCUUACAAUGAAUCUGAAGAUGUCUCUGACUGAAGACUGGUGCUGUACGAUGGCCUCAUGACUGUCAUUACAGCUCAACAUCCGGGCAGCAGAGACAGUUUUCCACUGUAAGACGUCCUGGAUGACAUUUUGGCAAGCGCUGCUAAUCCACUUCAUUUGCUUUUGCCACACCUCUUUAAAUCUCCGUCUGGUUGUUUGGUUAGAAUUCGACCAGAGAGACGUUGGACUUAAUCCUUGCCCGUUACACUGCAAAACCACAAAAUCUUAACAAGUAUUUCUGGUGUUUUUAAUGCAAAUAUUUUAGAAUACCUGAAGUAAGUCAAACUAACUUACAAGUAACUUUUCAGCAAGACAUAGGAGCUUGUUUUAAAUCCUUAGUUGAUAUUGAUAAGAAUGUACUCAUUCCAUUGGUAGAUUAUUACACUUCUAACAUUUUUCCCUUGUUUUAAAUGAAAUAAUCUUCCUUGAGAACCAGUACUUUUGAUUAAUGUUAAGGAAUUAUUGACUCGAAACAAGAUUUAUAUCUUGCUGAAAGUUACUCGUAAGUUCUGUCUUAUUUCAAGUGUAGUAAAAUAUUUAAGAUAAAAACACCUUCUAAUAGUUUGUGUAUGUAGUGUGUGAUUGGUGGACGAGAUCAUUGUAUCUCCCUCCUUCUCUCUCUUGCUGUUUGGCUUCUGAUCUUGACCCAAUUUAAAUUAGUGGCUCAAAACCUGAGUAGUUCUGGAAAAGUGUGCGAUUGCCCUGACUGAUCCCAAUGAAAAAUUUCCCUCCAUGAAGGCUGGCUGUCUGAUUAAUUGAUUUAAGUGAAAACCUUCCUGUUAUUUCAACAGUAUGAUUGUUCUACCUUUACUUGUUUUUUCUUAUUUUGUCACCAAGGAAGAAAGUUCUCCUGUCUCUCUCUUUUAAAGAGACCAACCCACUGUGUACAUAACUGCAGUCUUAACCAAAGUCUCUGUAAAUAUUUGUUUUAUUUACUAUUAUAAUAUUAAUAUUUUUUUGUUUCCUUUUUUUUAAAAAACUAAUGGGAUUUUAGAUUGGUUGUUUGUGAGAGUUUGUUUAAUUUUGUUUUGAUACCUAAUGUGUGUAAGAGAAUUAUCAAAUUGUUGAUGUACAAAUUCUAAAGAACAAUGUCUGUGUGUCUUUCUGUUUGUGCAGCAGUGAUGUUGCAACAGAAUAAUAAAAGAUUUUUGGAAACUA